CCUCUCGAGACAGCAAUUGAACCGGAUGACACCCAGGCCAUGAGUCCGCGGAUGACGAGCGAGGAAGUCGAAGCGUUGAAGCGUGAAAUGCAUACUGAACUGCACCGGCAUGCGAAAGCUUUGCGGGACUCGCUACUCCUCAUCUUUAACCGCGUUGAGGCAGUUGAGAAGGGAUACGAGAAGCUAGACAGCAACGAAAAGGUGCUGCAGAAAUAUCUGGAGGACUUAACUAGCAUUCAUCAGACCACAGCUUCGGACAGCCACGAGAAG